UGACUUUAUCCUCUCUUUUUUUAUGGUGGACAAUAAUAAGAAAUUGAAAUAACGUCGGAAGAGAGUUUGAGAAGCCGAAUCCGGAUUCCGGGCAUUACAUUUCCCAGACAAGACCCUUAAAAUGACAAAAACAAACAGAUGUCCAAUUCUUUCAAAGCUUAAAUAAAAAACCUGGAAACACCUCAAAAUCCAAAAUUCGAGCUCCCUUUUGCUUCUUUGAAAAGAAAAAUGUCAAAAUCAAAUCUCUUAAUGAUAACAACUCUUGGGUUGUUUUUGAUAAUUGCAGAAUCGAUGAGGUUUGAUCUGCAAUCAGGACACACAAAAUGCGUAUCAGAGGAUAUAAAUAACAGCGCAAUUACUGUUGGAAAGUAUAAUGUUGUCAAUCCUAAUGAGGGUUAUCCUCUCCCUGAUACCCACAAGCUUAAUGUCAGGGUGACAUCGCCAUAUGGGAACAAUUAUCACCAUGGGGAUCAGGUGGAUUCAGGUAAUUUUGCAUUUACUGCAGCUGAGGCUGGUGAUUACACUACUUGCUUUACGGCCCCUGAUCACAAACCAGAAACCACUGUAGCCAUUGAAUUUGAAUGGAAAACUGGUGUUGCUGCUAAGGAUUGGUCUAAGAUUGCUAAGAAGGAACAAGUUGAAGUUAUGGAAAUUGAGUUGAAGAAAUUACUGGAUACUGUCACAUCUAUUAAUGAAGAGAUGUUUCAUCUUCGUGUGAGGGAAGAAGAAAUGCAACAACUUAAUCAAUCAACGAACUCCAAAAUGGCUGGCCUUAGUUUCCUUUCACUUGUGGUUUGCUUAUCUGUGGCUGGUUUACAGCUCUGGCAUCUGAAGUCACAUUUUGAGAGGAAGAAGCUGCUGUAGCUUUGCUUUUUUAAUCACCCGUUUUUCUUAUAUCUCAAACCAUUUAUUCUCAGCAGUUAACUAUUAACAUUUUGUAUCCUCUUAUCUUAAACUUCAAGGACUGGCAUCACUAACAAAUUUGUUGAUUCCAUGCAGUUCUUCUUAGUGCUGAGAGAUGUUGACAAUAGAAAGUAUAACCUCUAUCACAUUUUCAGCAUGUAUUUGAAUAUUAAUUAGUUGAAAACCAGUGAUGUAGUUGAAUUGAAGGACCUCCCAAGUUUAUCUACUUGAGUUGCAGCAUUUUCUUUUGCGUUGGAGGAGGGAGGAUUUGAAUAUGGGACCUCCUCUGACUGAUGGAGAAUGAAUGACAACAAUGAGAACUCGUUUUUAUUUAUUUAGGAGUUUUAAUAGUGUUAUUAUUCUGGAUUUUAUUUUAGGAAUUUAUUAUUUAGUAGUUAAAUUAUAAAUUUAGUUUUUUUUUUA